GGAGGAGGAGAGGGAGAGGAGGGUUUGUUGGAUGCUCGCGAGAAGACAGAUGCUGAGGCAGUUAACGUCGGAGAGAGAGAUUCACAUUCUCACGGACUGGGAUGUGAGAGAACCCGAUGAGAUGGAGACCUUCAUCCAUCUUUACCUGCAUCUGAUCGAUCUUGGGAGUCAAGCCAAGAUGUGACCGUCACAGCGCGUCAUAGUUUGGAUCUGUCCAGCCUUUACAACGCUUGUUUCUAUAGCAACAGAAAUAUCACUGUAUCCUAAAAAGUCCCUUUCCCACAAUGCAGUCCUCUAGCUGCUCCUCUCAGCCUCCAAAGCCACGGCGCUUUGAUGUCAGCAGACGGACCAAUACCUUAGCUACACCAAAGUCUCAUGGCCCAGGUUUUCACAGGGAGGAUAAAAACAUGAACACGAUCGCUACGUCCUCCCCACGCCGGGUUACUAAAGGCCCCACUACACCUGCUAGGACCAGGGUGGUUCAGCCUCGGGCACCAGUAAGCCAGUCAAGGUUUAACUCACAAAAACAGGUUUCUACCAUCUCCAAACCGGCUAAGCCCAAACCCAAGAGUGCUCGUGCAUCUGCAGCAACCAAAAUUGCACCAGCAGCCGCUCCUCCUCCUCCACUUCCCUCUGUUCUCCCUCUUGACCCAAAUUGCAACGAGCCCAGCCUUCCAUGUCUGUGCUGCGAUGGGCGCUCCCCACAGGACAACAACAGUAUGUUUAACCAUAACCACAAUAACAACAACACCAUCUCUCUCAGACAGCAACUGCAGCUACCACCUCCUCCGGCCCCGUUUCCCCAGAAGCAAGAUGGGAAGGGGGCCAAGGAGCAACCUCAGCCUCCUUUGCAGGCACAGGCCCAGCUGGAGCCCCCCGCCUGCCCUGCUGCCGGUUUGGAAAAUGAAGGCAAGAAUGCUGAUGAAACCUCCAAUCUGGACAACAAGAAAAAUGUAAAGGUAGAGGAAGAAGAAGAUGACGAGGAAGAGAGCAGCGCGGAUAUUGACAUUGAUGAUGAUGAUGAAGAGGAGGCUGACAAUGAUGACGACGAUGACGAUGACGACACCCUGGUCCCCUCGUGCUGCGACUGUCCCCCCUCCCUCCUGGAGUUCUCGCUCUCCUCCUCUACCUCCUCAUCUUCCACUUCCAUCAGCUCCUGCUCUGAUUUGGAGUCUGACUGUGCAGAUCAAUCCACCUCCAUCUGCUCUUCCCAAGACCAAGAUAAUCUAUCUGCCGCUCUGUCCCCCAAAGACUACUCUCUUCCACAAGCCCCCGAAUGCCAGCCUCCUCCGCGUUCACCCCCAUCCCUUCCUGUUAGCCGCAAUCCCUUCACCAUGACACCACAUUCCCCAAUUCCCCCUUGCUCCCCAGAUGAAGGCUACCCCUCUGCCAUGGGCUCUCCUUCUCCUGACUACUUAGGAGGCAAAGGUGACUCUGAGGUCACCAAACUGGGCUUACUUGACUUUUUGGAAUCAGUAGGAGAGUUUGGGAAAAUGGAGCGCUUCAGCCAGGUGAUCCAAGUGGCUCGUUGGGAUCUGGAGGGUGAACAACACUGGGAUGUUCUGAGGGAUCGGCUAGAUCACCUGGAUCGCUUGGAGAAGGUGAACAGGGAGGUAAAACUGGCCUACGUUGCCAGACUCCACGAGAAGGGAUUUGAUCUUGGAGAUCUGGAAGAGCAGGAUCUCUCCGAUGUUAUGGAUGAAAUGGGCAAUAUCGACAUUCCCUGGAAGUUGUAUAAAAGUCGCAGAGGAACGAUGGGAGACUCUCAGGAGUUUUCCGAUGCAGGGGUUGACCUCUCUGCUCCAUCAGACUGCGAUGAGCCUCUCGCUCCUGAUUCUCUCACCCCUUCUCCCGCCGAGCCACCUCCUAGACCCCCCAAACCUCCGGCACGUCAUGCCAGUGUGAGCUCUGACCUCCACACCUACAUCAAUAUCAGCAGGGAGACCACCUCCAUGGCAGUCUCCACCUCUCCUACCUUGUCUACUUUCUCCCCGAACUCCACAUCCCCCACAUUCACCACUUUUAGGUGUGAGAAACCCCUGCCUCCAUCUCCACCAUCUAUUCCCCCUCUCCCUGCCUCUAAACCAGUCCCUUACCUCACCCUCUAUACCACUUCUUCUCCACCUCCAUCUAUCCCCACCCCAACUCCUCCCAUCCCUCCACCUAGGAGGCGCCACCUUGCCAGGAAGGAAGCACAGCGGCUCGCUGCUCUUCAAGCCGAACAGGAAAAGACACCCCUUUCCCUUCCUCCUCCUACCACACGUCCCCCUCCUCUACCUCCUCCACCAGUGAUCUCAGUCUCCUCCUCAUCUCCCCCUGCCAUACCACCUCCACCUGCCCUGCCUCCUCCCCCCUCCUUCCAUGCACUGGAUGUAGAGAUUCGGAAGCUGCUGAUGCUUGCUGGAUUGACCCAAGCUGAGCUUCUCAAACUCAGCCCGGAGCUCGGUGUUUGUGUUGGAGGGUUAGAGGAUGAGGGAAAUGGAGAUGUUAUCUUGUUCAAAGAGAGGGAGAAGGAGAAGGAACAUGACGGCGAGCUGAUUGACAGAGACGGAUGCAGCAGCAGAGGCAAGUUGGAUGGAGAUCGAAGAGUAGAUCUAACUGAAGAAGGCAAAAAGAAAGAGGAGAGCAAAGACGCACAAAGAACCACCUCGUUCACAGAGAUGGCAAGGAGAAGGAAGAGGAACAGCGGUGUGACUUCCGACUCUUACUACAACACCGGUUUUAGCAAUACACAUGAAACCAAAGCAAAGAAUAUGAGCUUUGAGUCUUUCCGGUAUCCCGCUGAGUUACCAGAUUCACCUCCCCCUCCUCCUCCACCUCGUCCUUUACCACCAGUCCCCCCAUCUUUGCCACCCAUCAAAGUCAGCACUCUCCCUGCCAACUCUGCACAACCUGAGCGAUUUGAUUGGCUCAUAGCGUUCACACCUGAUGGCGAAGCCCCACCACAGCCUCCACCUCUGCAAAUGAGAAAAUCUCAUACGGAAACUCAAAAGAAGCUCAGUUCGUCAGGUUCAUCUCCAGGGUUAGCUCCGAAGGUGACAACUUUUAAAGAGCUGCGCUUCCGCAACAAGAACGGCGCCCCAAUAACAAGGGUGAUCACUGACCCAGAUCCCGACCCAACAGUCAUUACUCCAGAUCCAGAUAUACUGUACAACCUGAGGUGGAGAAGAGAGAAGGCAGGCGGUGAUGGCAACCAAUGGGAGUAUACCUCUCAGGCUCAGGCCUUCUUCAUGCAGCCGCCACCAGCCCUCACCUCAAUGGCUGCGUUGAAGGAAAUGCUCCAGAGAGCUGACAAGGAGGGUGGUCAACUGGAGCUGUGCCCAUCACAGAAGAUUGGCUGCUCAGUCAGUGACAGCAGCUUGUGGACCAUGGGCAGAGAGUGGGAGUGUGAAGACAUUAAGAGUGAGGAAAAGGAGGGGAAAGAGGAGGAAAAAGAUGAAGAAGAAGAGGGGGAGAUGGAGGUGAGAGGACGAGCCGAUGGAGAAAGGACUUUUGAAUCAAGAACUUCAGUUUCCUCCCCCCCACUAUCCCUCGCUCAGUCCUCCUCCCAACCCUACUUCCUCCACACUGCCUUCCCUCCCUUUCGCCCAGGCUACUGUAACUCUGAACCCUUUGCAGAUCCCAGACCUCACAGCCAUGUAGGCAGGGAGUCCACAGACGAACAUCACAACACACAGUGCGCCCCUGCUGCCAGCUCAGCUUGUAUCCACAGUGAUGAUUCCAGCACAGAUUCAAGCGCUGGGUUUAACUACGAAUCCCUGGCAGACUUUGGUGUAGACUCCCCUUGUGAUUAUGGGAAUAUCUUUAACACACACAGGGACUUUGCGACUGACUCUAUGUGUAAUUUUGACUCUCUCUACUGCAGUGACUCAGAGAGGGAAAAUGGCACAGACACUAAAUCAGACACACCUGUUAGUGGCGCCACGGAGGCUCCAGGUUGCACUACCCCAUAUAAGAACAUUGACGUCAUGAUGACGCAUCCAAACACUAUCGGUGGUAUGGAUUCUCUGUCUUCAGAAAAGCGCACACGUUCACAUACAGAUCACAACAGGACAUCCAAAGAGCUUCCUCCCCUCCCCACAUAUUACCUAUAUCACCCUAAAAACUGCCCUCUGCACCGGGGUGCACCUCCUCGCCUCUCCCCGAUCGGAGCCCUCUCCCCUCCCCUGCGCUCCGGAGCACCCCCUCCAGGUGCAGCAGGCUCCUGCCUCAGCUCCCCGCUUUUCCCCCGCUCUCACACCUUGCCUGCCCUCGCUGCACCCCUCUACUAUCCAAACCUCUACCCUUCUAUACCGUCAAUGGCGCCCCCCCUCCCCCCAAAACUCUACCAGGCUCCUCCGCAGUCACGCGUGGCGACUGUUCGCAGUGUCUCAUUUGCUGGCUCUGUACAGAGGACAGAGACGUCCUGGAUGGGCGAAAAUGUGAAGUAUCCAAUGAGAGGUCUGGGCCUGUCCUCUCUGUGCUUGCAGGAAAAAAAAGCUCUGGUCAGUGCGGUCAGUGUGGCAGUGGAAGCCAUCUUGGCCCAGUUCAGUUCUUCUCGGACUGUAGUUCAGAAGUCUCUCUCAGUUAACAAGGCCUUAUCAGGAGACAGCACUAUAAAUCCAUCUCUGGGCCGUCUGGUGCUGCAGUGCCUCUGCCCUGCCCUGCACUCUUUGCUGACUGAUGGCUUGAAACCACACCAGAGUGACCUGAUUGCAGGCAGAAGGCCAAACUCUGCCUGGGGUCUGGUCCAGGCCUCCACUAGGCCAGGGCCGAAAACACAGGCCUUGUUCAACCUUCAAGUUCGAGUUGGAGAGUUGCCCCAGCUGAGACAGAGCAAACACAGGUUCAACGCAUUCCUCCUCGGCCUACUGAAUAUUAGGUUUCUUGAUUUCUGGCUGUCUCACCUUCAGUCGUGCAGUGAUGUGUUGGAGACAUAUUACCGCCCCACCUCCUUUAUGCGUCUGUCACUGACCACCUGCCAGUCUCUGUUUGAGGAGCUGCUCCUCGUGUUGCAGCCUCUCAGCCUGCUGACCUUCAACCUCGACCUGCUCUUCCAGCACCACCAUUUAGAGCCAAACAGUCACAGUCCAGAGAUCCCCAGUCCACCUUGUCAGGACGCUGGAGUCCAGCUCUCAACAGAGGGAUCCCAAUCCAAAAUCACAGGCUCCAGAUAUAUUGAAAGCCUAUCAGAAGUAGACUUUGGAAGCCCAGAACAUCAGGCAGCCAAAGAGAAAUCGUCACUAUUGGUUAAUCCAAAGAAUGGAGGAUCAGGGGAGUCAACAGAUUGCAGUGCUGCACCCAUAAAGGCUUCUGUCACUCUCGGACAGACAAGUCCUCAGUUGCUGUGGGUGCAGGAGAAGGAAAUUGGAGAUUUACCUCCUCCUAAUAUUGAGGAGGACAGCCUUGCUCAGCAGGCAGGACAGGCGAUCCAGCAGGGAUGGGGGGCUGUGAUACGCUGGGGAGGCAGACUGAGUCAGAACCUGACUGAGCUGAGCAUGAAGAAGGAGGAGAUGAAGACAGAUCUGCCAGAUCUCCAGGUCCAGACAGGGAGUGACUUUGUUCCUGUCAGCAGUGGUGCUCAGGUUCCCUGGGGUCUGGGACGACUCUUUGGAGCCUCUAAAAGCCCCAACAGCCCACCAGGUCCACCAACCAGGCGUCCCUCCCAGUGGCUGGCUCCUGGUGUCACCGCACUGACCCGAAUGGUAAGCAGCAACUCCAGCCCGAUAAUAAGAAGAGCCCCGGAGCACCAGGGAGAAAGUGAACCAGAGGCAGAGCAUGAGGUUGAAGCACUGGAGAUGAAGGACAAACCCAGACCACUCAGGUCAGUACGAACGCUGUGCAACCACACCGGAGUAGGUUCGGAGCUCAGCUUCUGCAAAGGGGAGGAACUCGUGGUGUUAGGAGGAGUUGACCAAGACUGGAUUCGCUGUCGUCAGGGAGACAAAGAGGGGCUGGUACCUAUUGGCUACACCUCCCUCAUCAUGUGACUUCUGCACCACAACUGUUGCACUCAAUCAAUAAAAAAAACAAACAAAAUAAAUAUAAAUAUAUAUUUUAGGUGAGUAUUGAGAGGUUAUGGUGAGGCUUCACUACUCUGAAAGAGAUAUUUCACGCCUGCUCUGCUAGAGUUUGAGUUGAGCUCAUAACACCAUCUGUGGUGCUUUACGUGCAUCAGGAGCAGUCUGCAGCCCUCUCCCUUUAUGAACAUAUGGGAGCUUUUUUUCCCCCAUUACAAUCCAUCCAGUUUGGUAGCAUUAAACUAAUGGAUUUUAGCAGCAGGAAUGCAGCAGAUGGUGUGAAAUAAUGACUCAAGUCAAAUUUAGAUCAUUUCACUCUGGAAGACCUUUGAUCUUGGAGUGAAGUAUCCCUUUUAACGUAUUUUUCUCAAUUUUUGCCUUCAGUGCCAGCCGCUGGUCUGAAAAUGAUCACUUGGGAAAUUCUGUGCAAUCAACCACUCGCAGAUUUAAGUGCUUUCAGAUCAGCGGCUGCUUGUUGUGAGGAGGCGACAGUCAACAGCCUGGUAGUAGCCACGUUUACAUCUCUAGCCGUCAGCUGUAGAGAGCCGUGACUCGCAGGUUGUCGAGUAGAGAGAGCAUGUUAGAGUACUGGGCCGUAGCUCCUGUUGCAUACUGCGUAGUAAUGUAGUGAAUUGUAGCUGUGUAGAUCUGUGUUCUAUUGACCUUUCACCCCUAUUGACCUCUCACCUUUCUCGCCUCGUUCAUGUGUGUUUGACAUGUUUCUGCUACUAUAUUUGACUGUAUAAAUAUACAUAAAAAUAAAUAUAUAUAUAUAUAUAUAUAGGUAUAUAAAUUGAGAUUGAUAUUACCAAGAUAGAUAGAUGAACAACAGAAAGCAGAUAGUAAAACACAAACUUAAUACUGUGGCCAUAUUGAGGAGGUGGGUGAUUCAAAAUUGAUGGUUUCAUUCUUUACCCUUACAACUGCAACUUCACACACACUGAAUAGUUGUCAUACAUAGGGAAAAAAGUCUGUGUUUGUUUAAGUAUGAAAUCCAGUAUCUUCCCUCCUGUGUGCUUUAUGUAAUGCCAAUGUCUUGACAUCAUAUCCAUAAAAUGAUUAGAUUUAGCCUCUUACCUGAAACACUGUAUGCGUUGUAAUGUGCCAUGAAUGCUUUGAACGAAUGCCAGAAAAUAGUUAACUAUCCCACACAGUUAUAGAAGAUAACAAUAUCAGACAACAGCAGUCUGUAGCUAAUAUCUCAACAUGUGUUGGCAUAAACACCUCACAAAACAACGCUCAGCUCUUGUUCGACACUAUCUGACUUUAAAUUUAACGCAGUGAGAAAAUCCCAGAUGUAUGUAAUUCAUAAAUGCUACUGUAAAGUCUGUAGGUUUGGUGGCUGGUCUUCACCUCGUACCUCAGCUUUUGUAUUUCUCUUAACCCUUCUUGCCUCGUUUGCUUAUCAUAAUCAUUGAUAUUAAUGAUUAGUGGUUGUGGUGGAAGUGAUAUGUGGAUUCUAAUGUUGCUCAUUUGUGUCAUAUAUUUAUUAGUUAUUCUCUAGAUUCUGUAUUGAUGACUAUGCAUAUGGUUAAAUGUACAACAAAAAGCCUUUUUUUCUUUGUUUCCAAGUCAUUUCGAUUUGAUGUUCUCAUGCAAGUCAGCACCUAAAGCCUAAAACGAUAGCUUAAAAAGUAAAAAAAAAAAAAUGUAAAAGAAGAAAAAGACUGACACUAAAGUACCUCCAUUAAAUUCAGCAGGAAAGUUUCAUUGCUUCAUACUGAUCAAUCAGGGAAGGCUCAGUUCUCGAAAGUUUCCUCUCAUGUUAUUGUGUCAAUGCCAUGUAGCAUGACGUUACUGUCACUAUGGCAACUGUCAAGUAGCAGUAACUUACGAUCACAAUAAAAUGCCAUCAAAUGGAUAACAUGUAGGUGUUUACAAGAAAUAAUGUCUAGAUGAAGAUAAAAUAUCAGUUGACACAUUAAAAUGUGUAUCUAUUUUUUUUUUAUGUUUUUGUAUCUUUUGUUGUCAAAUGUGAGGUUAUAGUCCAAAUGCAUUUGUUUGACAGCUGUUAAUUUAUUGGAUGUACUAUUUAUUGAUCUUAAGGUUUAUGAAAGGAAUAGCUCUAUCUGACCCAUCUAGUGUCUCUCUAUCUAUCUGGGUUCAUUAUGUAUGUGUGUGUGUGUGUGUGUGAGCACAUGUCAGCAUAUGUGGCAGUGAAUGCAGAGAUGAGUGUGAGCACAUAUGUGUCUGCACAUCCUGCACUUUCACUUACGUAUGUGUGAGUGUAACAAUGAGUUCUGUACCUCCCUCUCCUCCUCUUCUUCCUCCCCCUCCUCUCUUUCUCUCUCUGGUGUCAUGUAGCCUGUAGACAUCCCCCCCCUAUGUCCUACUAUUGCAUAUAGUUCAGUGCCCCUAUAGUGUCAGUCACUGUCCACCUCCUGCAUGUGCUUGUUUGUAAAUACACCAAAUAAAAUGAUCAGUAUAAACCAAA